UCGUCAUAUCAACCUACCCAAAUGACAUCUUCAACUUCUCAAAUAUCAUUGUGGCGGCUUUGAUAAUUCUAACUUUGAUCAUGUUUUUUUUUAAAUUUCACUUAAUUAUUUCAAAGUAUACUCAAACUUUAGGUCAUAAAAAAGUGUAAUACUGAUUAUACAUAUGGAGGUUCAGACAUAAUAUAUAGAUAGACAAACUUUUUAAAAACGUAAUUGUAACAGGUAGUUUAAAUCGAAGUACAAAAUUCUUGAAAAUGCAAGUUCUGGAAAUAAAAGAAGAAAUUUUCGAUUUUUCAUUAGAUAUAAUAGAAGAAAAACCUUAUGUAUUACCCUGUGUUAACAAUAACAUUCCAGAUGACAUAUUAAAUAAUUCAAGUUAUAUCGAUUUAUUUGAGGUACAUCAACUAAUCAGCGUACAAGAAGGAGAAUCAUCAAUUAAUUCGAAACCUCAAUGGCAUCUAGAAGUCAACAAAUUUAUAAAGGAUAAAAACACUUUGAAAGUUUUGUUUCUUUGCAAAAAUUGCAACAGAGUGGAAGAAGAUCUUUCAAAACAUACUAUAAAAUGCAAAAUUUGUGAUAAAAAUGUAACCUUCAUUUGUUCACAUUGUUGCAAAGAAUAUGAUUUUUUUGAUAGUUUGAGAUAUCAUAUUGAACAAAAAGUUUGUAAGCGAAAUAUUGUAUACAAAUGCAAACUAUGUGAUUUUACUACAAAAAUAGAAAAUUCAUUACAAAAACAUGUCAAUUGUCAUAGAUUGAGAUGCUCAUCAUGUGGCAAAACAUAUAAAAAAGAACAGUGGUUAAGAGUCCACAAAAAAUAUUGUGGCAAGCAACCAAAUUUAUCAUGUGAACAUUGCCCAUACAGGACAAAAUUCAUAGGAUCUUUGAGAACUCACUUGAUGAAACAUGAAAAAAUUAACAUUAACAACGAUUACAAUAUCAUUGUGGAAAACGACCAAAAAAUGAUUUUGUUUUCAAACAUAGCCAAAUUAUUUUGCGAUGUGUGCAAAAAUGUUACAACAUAUGAAGAAAAUAUAAAGUAUAAAAAUUGUGAGAAAUGUGAUGUACGCUUAGACUUUUAUUGUACUAAAUGUAAAAACCAAUAUAAAAAUCUGAGGAGUAUAGCUCAUCACUUAAAAAUUGAAUGUGAGCCUAAAGUCAAGUUGAAUGAAUGCAAAAAAUGUGGGAAAAUAGCAAAAACACUCAACAGUUUGAAGAUGCAUGAGAAAUAUUGUGGAGCAAGUACAUCAUUAUCUUGUGAUUUAUGUUCUUUUAAAACAAAAUAUCAGUGCAGUUACAGAUUACAUAUGAAGAGGCAUUUAAAUAGAACUGAGAGAAUUAAAAACAGAAUUGAGAGAGUUAAUAAUUCUUGUGUACACCCAGCUUUGUUGAAUUCUUAUGCUAGUUUUGUAGAUUUGUACAAACGUUAUUGUAAAGCAUGCAACAAAGUUAUAGAUAGUAAUUUCAAGAAUAAAAGAGUCUGCGAAAUUUGUAGUAAUAAUUACAUUUUCAUAUGUGUGAAGUGUGAAGGAGAAUUUUCGAGAUAUGACACAUUACUGUAUCAUUUGAAGUUCAAAUGUCCAACUAGUCCCAACAAAAUAUGCAUUAGGAAAAAAUCGUAUUACUGUGAUUAUUGCUCUUUUGUUACGAAAAUUCGGAGAAUUGCCGUGAGACAUAUAAAAAAGCAUAAAAAUAUCAAUGUCAAAUAUGACUCACACAAAAAAUUGAUUGAUGAAAAUAAUUCGUCGACGCGUAAAAUUAUUAAAAAAAAUUCAUCGAGUUUUUUGCGUUACUGUUCAAAUUGCAAAAUCACGUCCGAUGUUACAACGAAAACAAAAUCGAAUAAAGUCUGCCCGUGUUGUGGAACAAGAUAUUGCUUUCGAUGUUUGAAAUGCAAAAAAACUUAUAAAUGUUUCAUUUCGAUAAUCAAUCAUGAAAAAAACUGCAAUAAAAGUAAGCGGAAGAAAAGUUCCUAUAAAAGAUGUCAACGUUUGACGAAGAACGACUGCCGUUCGGCAGCCAGAGCUACGAAUAAAUUAAGAGUCGCGGAAGAAGAUCUGUAUCGACGUUUUUGCGAUAAAUGUAAAGAUACUGGAGAUUCUGCAAGCGAAAUUUGCAAAAAUUGCCAAAACGAAACUAUGCUACAGUGCAGCGGAUGCCAGAAACAAAUUAAACGCUAUGCAGCGAUGAUAUUUCAUCUUCGGCACUGCUCGUGCAAUCGAGACAUAUCUCAAAACUGCUGCUCCGAGUGCGACUUUAUUGCCGUUAAUAAGGCACGCCUAAAAAAACAUUUGAACGAAAAGCAUAAUAAUAUUAAUUAGUCAAAUUACUGGCCUAAGCACAUACUUUCUUUUUUAAAAGUAUGGCUAGCUUGUAGUAGUCUUGCAAGCCUCUUAGUUUUUGCAAAAAUAUAUGUUUAUGUAUACACGAAUCAAAUAAUAAAUUAUAA